GGCAAGGGCGUCGUCAACUGGCUGUGUAAUUCGCGAAAAAAAAAGAAACCAGCCCCGUAUCCUUUGUUGGCUUCGGCGGCGCCUGCGACUGACUAGGGAGGAGUCGACCGGCCAGCGCGGGACGACGGGGCGGCGCGGGCGGCUGCUGGGGCCUGGGGACAUUUGUGCCGCCGCUACAGGACGAGCAUUAGGGCGGAGCGGAGGUGCCUACCAGCGUGGGGCGUUGCUGUGGGAGGUGCGCCGCCCCUCCGCGACCCGGCACGUGCUGUGCUUCUAGUUCUACCGCCGUCACGCUCAGCUCCGGGGCGAUGCCGCCGCAGCGACUGGAGUCCGCCAUCCUCUCCGCCGCCUGCAGGUUCAGCAAGCCCCUCGCUCUUCUUAGGAGGCUCGGCGUUAUUGGGUCGUCGCGCCCACCAACUGUUCGACACAAUGCUUCAGUGGGGCUGCCUCCACUGUUUCGCCAAGGCGUCCUUCCGAGUGGACGCGUCCUUGGACCGCUAAGAUUUUUCCAUGUCGGCUCUUCAGAGGGUUCCUGGGAUGUCUACGUCAGUGAAGUCCUGAGAAUUCUCAAGUCAAGUGGUGGCAAUGAUGCUGAGCUCGGCGACGCUCUCAGUCAGUUCGCAGAUGAGAUGGAUGAGGAUGUUGUCCUCAAGGUCCUCCAGAAGCAGCGGUCCAACUGGCAGGUCGCGCUGGCGUUCUUCAACUGGGUGGCAGGGCUGCCUGGGUACACCCAUGGGUCAAGGGCAUAUACCGAGAUGCUAGAUAUUCUUGGGCGGAUGAAGAAGGUCAGGCACAUGAGGGAGCUGUUCGAUGAGAUUCCUGAGGAGCGCCGUGGGGUGGUUGUGACGAACAGGAUUUUUGCAGUGCUGUUGAACCGGUAUGCUGGUGCACACAAGGUGCAGGAAGCUAUAGAGGUGUUCUACAAGAGGAAGGAUUAUGGGUUUGAGGUCGACUUGGUUGGGUUCCAGAUACUUCUGAUGUCACUCUGUCGGUACAAGCAUGUCGAGGAGGCGGAGGCCCUGUUCCGCCAAAAGAAAGAUGAUUUCCCUCAUGUCAUAAAGAGCUGGAACAUCAUACUUAAUGGUUGGUGUGUCAAGGGAAGCUUGAGAGACGCUCAAAGGAUUUGGAAUGAGAUCAUUGCAUCCAAGCUUAGGCCAGACCUGUUCACCUAUGGUACAUUCAUAAAUGCACUGACCAAAGAUGGCAGAACUAGUGCCGCGGUUAAGCUGUUUAACAACAUGUGGGAGAAAGGGAUUAAUCCAGAUGUGGCGAUUUGCAACUGUAUCAUUGACCAAUUGUGCUUCAAGAAAAAGAUUCCAGAAGCACUUGAGAUUUUUGGUGAGAUGAAUGACCGGCGUUGUCAAGCAGAUGUGGCUACCUACAACACUUUGAUAAAACACUUAUGUAAGAUAAAGCGGAUGGAGAAAGUCUAUGAGCUUUUGGAUGAAAUGGAAGCGAAGGGCUGCUCACCAAACAAUCGUACAUACUCCUACAUUCUGAAGAUGUCCGAGAAACCCAAAGAUGUUAUUGCUUUGAUGCAGAGGAUGGAGGAAUCAAGUGUUAAAUUGGAUUCUGACACAUAUAACUUAAUAUUGAACCUUUAUGUCAGUUGGAAAUAUGAGAAGGGGAUGCAACAAGUAUGGGAUGAGAUGGAGAGGAGUGGAUCAGGCCCAGAUCAACGAUCAUUUACUAUCAUGGUUCAUGGACUUCAUUCCCAAGGAAAGCUUGAUGAGGCUCUGCAAUACUACACAACAAUGAAGUCGAGAGGUCUGAUUCCAGAACCAAGGACCAGGAUACUGGUGAAGGCAAUACAUAUGAAGAAAGAUGGGUUUGCCACAGAAGAUCAGCCUCCAAGUAUGGCAGGGAAGAAUCUAAAACUGGAUCCACGAUCAAGGCAAUUCCAUGUUCAUAAAUAGUUCACUGAAAGAUCUUGCUUCUAUAAUCCUAACAAAGGAUGCUGGGAACAUAGGUUAAUGGGUUGAAAAAAAUCUCGUCUAUCAGUGUCCAGAACACAAUGGCCACAUCUUGGGCUAAAAGAACAUCAGCAAAGAGUCAUUGGCAUUAUGAUAUCCCAGAAAGUUUUCCUCUCAGACUUGGGAUAACAGAAUAUGUUUUUCUUUUUUAUGUCAGAUAUGAUUCAUUUCCAACUUGCAAGUACCGUUUUACAUGCUUGCAUUCUGAAGUAUAUGUGAAAUAUAUGCAUAUAUUUGUUUCUUCAUCUGUUAUGCAUGUUGUAUCUAGUCAUUUGCCAUCAUAUGGACAUGUAAACUAUGAAUAAAGGAUGUUUUCAAAUC